AUGGCUGGUCGUUUGCCUUUACGAAAUUUCAUAAUAUUUAUUUCUAAUAAUAGUAUAAAGUUGAAUCAUCCCAAACAACCAUCUCGACUUCAAACAAGCCCUAUUUCACGUGUAUUGCGUAGAAGAAAUAAUACAAUUUUAAACAAAAAAAUGCCUAAAACAAAACUAGGCUAUUAUGCAGUUCGUAUUGGUCACAAACCUGGAAUUUAUAAAACUUGGGAAGAAUGUCGAGAUCAAGUUCAUAAAUAUCCUAAUGCUAAAUAUGAAAAGUUCCCUACGCUAAAAGAAGCACAGGCUUUUAUAUCUGGCGUUAGUAUCAGUGAAAAAGAACAAGAAUUAGACGCUGCCGACAACUCGUAUAAUGCCGAGGUCACAAAGCUUGUAGUAUGGACCGAUGGGUGUUCGCUCAAUAAUGGAAAAGAUGGAGCACGUGCUGGUAUAGGCGUAUUUUGGGGUAACAAUCAUCCAAGAAAUCUAUCAGAACGAUUACCAGGUUAUAAACAAACAAAUAACAGAGCCGAAAUAACGGCUGUCAUUAGGGCCUUAGAAACUUGCCCUGAUUCUGAACUUCCCCUGGAAAUAAUGACAGAUAGCAAAUAUACUAUAAAUGCAUAUGAAUCAUGGAUACCUAAAUGGAUUAAAAGUGGAUGGAAAACAGCGAAUAAAAAACCGGUGGAGAAUCAAGACUUAUUUGUCCGUUUGGUAGAAUUAAUUGAGGCAAGACCUGGAAAAACGCAUGUUCCGGGACAUGUUGGUAUUCCAGGUAACGAAGCAGCAGAUCGAUUAGCUAAUUUAGGUGCACUAAAAGAGGAGGUUAAAACUACGACUGUUUCUUCCACUGAACAAAAAUCCCAAAAUUCUAAAAUGAAUUUUACUGAAGAUGACUUCUAUUCACCGGAAGAACUAACAGAAAUUGCAGCUGAAAUCUAUUCAUUGCGCAG